UGUCAGUGACAACAAAGUAUCAAGAGAUCUAGUGCUUCAUACACUGAGCACUUACCCCGGAGACCAAUUCCUGGAUUGAAGUAUGGGAGAGGAUCAGGCUGUCAUAGUAUCUGCAAGAACUGUCUACAGCACAGGUGUGUAAUAAGAGUUAAAUAGCUUUUAUAUAGAAUAGUCAGCCUUAAAACUGUGCUAUUAUAUAAUGCUUUACUUUAGUUUUACAAUGUGCAGGUUAAAUCUAUUACCUCCCCUUCUUCAAUGGCAUGUUUUGUAUAUGUUUAGUUCUUACUUUGAGCUGGUAUUCGUUUGUGUGUUUGCUUUAUCAACGUUCACCUGUAUUUGUAGCCUAUGGGGGAAUGAUAGGUGGAUGUUACCUGGGGGACCAUUUAAUAUUCGGGGAAGACAACUCUGUCUGCUGGAUUCGGAUGAUUGUCUGUUUUACUUAUGACAUGCAGUUGUUGUCAACCUAAUACACGAUUUGAAGGGACUUACUGUGAAAGAUCUGUGUAUUGUACUGGCUGUAUUAAUGGGAGUCUUUUUAUACAUCGCAUAUCAAUCCUUGCUCAACUGUUUAGCACUAAUAGCAUUAGAAAUUGUAGUCAUAAGACACAUUUAGGUUGUCUGAGGGUGAUGGUGGGAAUGGAGUACCAGAUGUUGGCUGUGAGUAAUGAGAUGUGCAGUAAGAGGUUGCCUUAAUCUUUGCUCACCUGUUUAGCACUAAUAACAUUAGAAAUUGUAGUCAUAAGACACAUUUAGGUUGUCUGAGGGUGAUGGUGGGAAUGGAGUACCAGAUGUUGGCUGUGAGUAAUGAGAUGUGCAGUAAGAGGUUGCCUUAAUCUUUGCUCACCUGUUUAGCACUAAUAACAUUAGAAAUUGUAGUCAUAAGACACAUAUAGGAUGGCUGAGGUUGAGUGUGGGAAUGGAGCACCAGGUGUUGGCUGGGAGUAAUGAGAUGUGCAGUGAGAUCCCAUUCAGUAAGGCGCAGUGUAUAGGGUGACAGUGACACACACAUAUUGUGUGACAAUUAUAUAUAUUAAUUGAUGUAAGAAUAGAAUGCGUUUACAUGGUGUGUGGUUACCGGGUAGUAACAGGUGAUCUCAUGCUAUGAGUCAGGACAGGUAGAAUGACUAGGGAGAGGUGGUGUUGCUUGCACACAGAAACUUUGACAUCAUUUGUCAACAAACUGGCUAUGCAUAUGUGCACUGUGUGUACACAGUGCUGCUAAAGGUCGGGCACAUCCAGGUGAUUCACUGAAAGUGGUUAGAGCAGUUUUAUGGAAAUGACAGCUUACAGUAUAUAAUCUGUAGCUUUUUAAAGAUAGCAAGGGACCAGAGAACCAGAGGAAGUUCAUGUUGAGUGACACCUUAAAAGAAUCGUUUUUUACUUUAUUGAAAAAAAUAAAAAGAUUUCCAAAUAACUGAAGUGCUUGCAUUUUAGAUUGUUUGAUGAUAUGAUUAAUGAUAUCAGUAGAUUUUUGUGUGAUUUAACAGAAUUUCAGCUUGGUGAUGUACAUAUUAAAAUGUAUAAUUACCUGGAGAUGCAUGUAUGCCUACUCCAAAAUGAAGUCCAGAAAUGAAUGUCUGUCAGUGGCUUUCCAUACAGCCAGUCAGCCUGAAAUAAUGUACAUGGCAUGCUACAGGAUAUAACCUUGUACCAGCAGGUAGAUAUAUAAACUUCUGUCUUCCACACAUUUACAAUUGUUGAACAUGGAAAAGACAACAGAAAAAAAACAACAUAUAGACCAGAGUAGUAGAAUAAGAAGCCACUGAUUGGUGGAGCCUCUUCCUGGUCUAAAAAGUUUCUCCUUGUUAAGUCUGCUAGCAGAAACAGCUAAGAUUCUGAAUGUAACGUUACACUAUUAAAUAGAACUAUUAAAUCACCUUUAACUCCCGGUAACAUUGUCUUCAUGAGAUGCACUGUUUUUUUUUUAUUAUUUAACCCCUUAAGGACCAAACUUCUGGAAUAAAAAGGAAUCAUGACAUGUCACACAUGUCGUGUGUCCUUAAGGGGUUAAAAUGUAUAUUUAAAAUGUAGCCAUCAACAAAGUAAUCCAGCUAAGAAAAUUGAAGCAAUGCAAAAAAAGAGGCAAAAUAGAAAUAUUGUUUAAUUUCUCCAAUUCUCUGUUUGCUUUCUCUAUUCUGAAUACCAGGUGAAAAAACUCGGGUGCUUGGUUUUAUCUUUUUUGAACUGUAUAGGGACUUAUUUAGCAUUUAUAGGCUCUUAUAGACAAUACUGAAUCCGAUGAGUAAAGCGACACUUUAGACACCAAAAUAACUUUGUCUAAAUGAAGUUGUUAUGGUGUCAGAGGCCCCUAGAGACACUCUUACUUCAAGGGGCUAAACUGUUCUGGAAUGGUUUAACCCCUUAGUUGUCUCCAGCAGUGUCCAUUCCCCUCAGCGGCUUAAAGCUUUUUAAAUUUCACUUAGAGAAUGUGAGGAUUACUGCCGGGUAGGGGCGUUGCUGAUUGGCUGAGAGCGGUCAGCUGAUAUUCUAAACCAAUUAGUGACUCCCCAUUCACUAAACAAGCCAGUUUUUUUUGAAUGGGGGGUCAUUGAUUUAAGAAGCUGGAUGCUGCCUGGGUGGGAGUGGAGAUCACAGCUGGGGGGAAUUUAGAGGUUAAACCAUCUGAGAAUGAUUAAACCCCUUGAUGAAGGAUUACCCCUGGGGGACUCCUGCAACAUAAUUUUGAAUAAAUAAAUCAUCUAACGUUUUCUAUGUUGACAGAACACUCUAAACACCAUAACCACUACAGCGUGCUGUAACUAUAUCAUUAUUAUAGCUAUAUUUCUUUGUAAUUGUCCUCAUUUUGUAAUGUGUGGUUGUGUGGGUCGUGCUUGUACAUUCUGAAACUGUGUCUCUUCUUUGUUUGUUGUAUUCUUGGCUUGGGAUCUUUUGCAUUGGCAGAACUACCAGGGUCACACUGCAUGUCAAAAGAAGGGCUCAGGGAGACCAGGGGCAGCUGUGGAAAUAUAGCUGCACUCAGGUGCUCAGGGACUAACAGGUUCGUGGUGUGCCUCGAGGGUGAGUCGCUUUGUCGGGGGCAGGCCAGGGAGAAGGGGAGGCUACAGAACUAUAGCCACACACUGCUGCAUAGGGCUCCCCUAAACCGUUUUGGGGCCUAUCGUGGUAGAGGACCCUUACUAGGUGCAGGGAGUACCCUUCAUUGAUGUUUGCACAGGGGCUCUGUGGAUAUUUAUGCCCUUUGUCUUUUGUAAAUGUUUCUGCACAACUGGAUAAUAUUUUCAUGAGUUUUAUAAUUUCCUGUAUUAGAUGGUAAUAAAGAGUGUUACCAUGUGGUUAUUUAGUAAAAUAUGGGUUGUUGGUAAAUCAAAGUGAAUUUUACAUGUUAAAAAGUCUGCUAUGUAUUUAGUUCAGCUAAUGCCUAAAAUUUUAUAAAUUAUGCAAAUUUAAGGUCAAACUAGUCAAACUGGGGAAAAAAAUUCUCUAAAUCAGCUGCGCUUUCAGUUUGUCUUUUUUGGCUUCAAAUUUCAAAUUUACUUUGAAUUCUCACUUUAGUAAAUAGUUCUGUCUGAAUUCCUAAAAAUCAACAAUUUCAUAAAUAAUCCUGUUGAUAUAUUUUCACAUUUUUUGUGACAAAAUGUACAAUAGACUGUUGAGAAAGCUUUGUCGAUUUCUUUGUUGAGUUGUUCCCUUAAAAGUUUAAUUUUAAGAUAACUCGGCACUAUUCUAAAUAAUGUACAUUGACAGUCAUAAUCGCCACCCAUGCAUCAUAGCACGCAAUUACAUUGGAAUGGCCAGAAAGAUCCUCACUAGUGAAGAUCUCCCAGGGUUAAGGCAGAGCAGCAGUGAGGAGACCCUCACGACAUUGGAGUCAAGAUAAGUAACAGCUUUUUUUAAAUACAGGGGAUUCAAAAUCUAAUGAUAUAAAAGAACACUCUCCAGAACGUUUGUUCUUGCCUUUGAGGGACAAUAAGCAAGACUUUCUUGUUCAAACAAAAUUAAAGGAUUGUAUUUUACAGAAAGUAAACAAAGAACACAAUUAACUUGUCAAUAGUAAUAUAGCAUGUAUUUGAAUAAUAACUUUCAAACAACCUUGAACCUCAGUAGCUAGGAUGCCCUUACUGUUUGCAGGGACAUGGACAAGAGUGUCUAAUGGGCCCCUCAUCUAACACAUAUAUGUCAUUCAGAGCCUGAAUACCCAAAGGGUGGGUGUUCUGAAUAAAUAUAGGUGCCUAUCUGGGCCUGGACUUCUGUUUGGGAGGGGGGCCUCCUCAGCAGGCAGGUAGGUCUUUUGAGCUCCUCUAACUUGCUUGAGGAAAUCUUGUGGUCUGCAACAAUAUCGGCAAAUCUCAAUGACUUGGAGCACCUCAGCCUCAAGGGAGUUAAUACAGAUAUUGAUGCAAGCCAGUCCUGCUCCCCCACCCGACUUCCAGGGAUCAUGCUCCUUAGCUCUCCUUCCACCAAACCACCAGGGUGCUCUCACUGGACCCCUUCUUGCCAAAAGGUAAGUAGGAGGGGAGAAAAACUCCUCCACACAAAAAUUUCAGCCACCACACACUCAACACUGAAUCAACACACAUCAGUACACGUAGCUACCCACCACUAGCUGUAAGUCAAUAAGCAAAUGUUAUGCUUUCUUAAUGUUUGUCUUUAGUCGUAUAUGUGCGCUUGGCACUAGAUUACUUUUAAAAGGACAUUAGGAGCAAAGCAGGCAUAUUUACAGUAGAUUUCAAAAAUGCUUUUGUUUUUAUUCUGAAAAUGACUCUAAGCCCUGAGUGUAAAUGGGUGGGAAAGGGCUUAUUGAACAUUAUGUAAAACUUUAAUGGUCACAACCCUAUUUAGGAAUUGCUAGUUCCUUCCGUGUGCUGUAAGGUGUGGCUAAUUACACACUUGAUUAACCAGAUGCAUUUUUUCAUUUGUAAAUACACUAAUGCUAGACUUGUGCAUAGUAGAACAUUUUAGUUGAGCUGAACAAUUUGUGCGAAACUGAAAUUCAUUUGGGGCCUCUGACAUUCAUUCAUUUGGUGGUCUGGCUCGUCCAAAUAUCGACAAUUAAUAAAAGCAAUACUCAGAAAAACAUUUCAGACAAACCGAAAAUUCUUUGGAAAUUUGACAUUUAGUGUUCUGCACAAUUAUUAACCUAAGUGUAAAUUUCUAAUUUAAAGUGACAAUAUAGUUACCAGAACAGCUACACCUCAUGGUGAGUAUAUUUUGCAGUACCCUGAUAGGCACAUUUUCCAGCCAUUUGCUUUACAGAUCAAGUUAGAAAGAGUAGAUGAAAAAGUACAAGAAAGAGGAGGCGCAGUCAAAAAAAAAAUCUAUAUUUAUAUUUACUCCAUAUUUCUUAAAUAUAUAAUAUAUAAAAUGACUUUUCUGCUGCUCUUUUUCUUUCCCUCUUCUGGUCACCUCUCUUGAUCUGUAAAUAAAAUCCAUUUCAUGGCUGUCUCCUAACCAUCAAUCAUCUCUCUUCCCAUCAAUCAUCUCUCCUUUUAGUGCCAUGGAUGCAACUCUGAUAUUCCAAAGCAAAAUAAUAUGCUCAUCCAUCGACCUAGCUAUUAACUCAGUUAUAUGUCCGUGUGGUACUUUGGAGAUACGGAAUUCCACUGCACCGCUGAUCGAACUAAAUUUGGGUGAAUUGCAAUUCAGCCAAAACAGAAUGCAUAAAUCUAAUAGAUACGUUAACGCUUGUCAGUUGUGCUAUGGCCACUGGAAAACUGUACUUAUCUUAGGGUUUUUAAUGAGACAUUUUAGCAACAAACAAGAUGACAAGAUGUUUUAUGUCUAUGCAUCAAUAGAUAGAAUAUUUAGAGGAUUAUGAUAAACAAUGAGACUGAAAAUUAAAGGGACUCUUAGAGCACCAUAUCCACUACAGUGCACUGGUGCCCUCAAUGUAGUCAAACCCUUUGCAGUUUGACUUGUUACCUGAGGUACGCAAGGAACUGUUCCCUGCCUUAUUGAGAGUGAGAGCUGGGAGCUCUCAAAUCUUAACUAAAUCCUGCACCAUCCGGCUUAUGCUCUGUCAAUCAGUUGGCCAUGACCAGGGGCGGAUCCAGAGCCAGAUCUUGGGAGAGGCAAUUGUAGAUUAUUUAAAGAAAUAAUCCAGACACAAUAGCCACUACAGCUCAGUGUAGUGGUUAUGGUGCCAAUAGUGCCGGGAACCCUCUCCCAAAGUAAGUAGUCAAACUGUUUAAGAACAGUUUGACAACUUACCUGAGGUCUGCUGGGAAAGGGGACUGUAGUAGGGCAUAGGAGCAGUGGUGUGUGUGAGGGGUGAAGUGUGUGUGUGUGUGUGUGUGUGUGAGUGAGCAGUGUAUGUGUGUGAAGGUUGCGGUGUGUGUGUGUGGGUGAAGGUUGCCGUGUGAGAAUGAGGGUGGCAGUGUAUGUCAGGGGUGCAGUGUAUGUGUGGGUCAGUAUAUGAGUGUGACAUUUGCAGUGUGUGUUUGAGGAUUGCAGUGUAUGUGUGAGUGUGGGGUAAUGUGUGUGUAUGGGGGGGCAGUGUGUGUAUGUAUUGGGUGGCAGUGUGUGUAGGGGGCAGUGUGUGUAUGGAGGCAGUGUGUGCAUGGGGGCAGUGUAUGUGUAUGGGGAAAGUGUGUGUAUGGAGGCAGUGUAUGUGUAUGGGGAAAGUGUGUGUGUAUAUGUGGGCACUAUGUGUAUGGGGGCAGUGUGUGUAGGGGUGCAAUGUAUGUGUAGGGUGUGUGUGUGAUAAGAAGGGUAGGGGGGCUUUUUUAUAAUAUGUUUGUUUUUUUAAAUUUAAUUAAAAUAAAUACACAUAUGUCCCCCCCUCCCAUCUUACCUUUACUGAGGGACAAGGGGGGACAUUUCUCAAUCCCUGGUGGUCCCAGUGGUGAGAGUGAACUCUAGCCCGCAGCUCCAGAACUUUGCAUCAUGCUCCUAGAUUAGUUAGAUUAGGUAACAUUGUGGGAUUCGGUUGAAUACCUUGCUGUGCAGCAUGUGUUUGUUUCAGACUAGGCUUACAUUGAGAUCCUGGAGAGCAUCAGCAGGCUGUUCAUGGGUAGAUUCCACCUCCCAGGUGUGGCAUAUCAAGAUACUGAUUAGACCGUAUGAUUAUUGUACAGGUGUGCCUUAGGCUGGCCACAAUAAAAGGCCACUAUGGAUGGAUUAUCUCGGCAAAGGAGAAGUGCUCACUAACACAGGUUUAGACAGAUUUGUGAACAAUAUUUGAGAGAAAUAGGCCUUUUGUAUACAUAGAAAAAGUCAGUUCAGCUCAUGAAAAAUAGGGGCAAAAACAAAAGUGUUGUUUUUAUAGUAUUGUUCAGUGUAGUUAUAUAAGUUGGGGGAAAAACUCCACCCCAUAAACGUUUACGCACAUAACUUAACCCCUUCAGGACGGAGUCAAUAGUGCACGUUCUUAUCAUAACAAAACGUAAACAAAAACUGGUAUUUGCGCUAUAUGUCUGUUCAACCGUAAUUCACCGCUGUCACAUUAAGUGCACCCACACUUAUUAUAUAUCAUUUUGUUCAGGAGAAACAGGGCUUUAAUUUAUCAUUAACUAUUCAUAUAUGGAACAUAAUUUAUUAUGAAUAAAAUUUUAAAAAAUGUGAGAAAAGAUUUUUUUUUAAAUUUGUAUUUCCAUCUGACAUUUUGGCUGUUAAUGUCAUAAUACUGUUAGGUUUUACUGCAAAAAAAUGCACAUAUUUGUAAUCAGCGAUGUCUCACGAGUACAACAGUACCCCCCAUUAACAGGUUUUAUGGUGUUCUGGAAAGUUACAGGGUCAAAUAUAGAACGUUCCAUUUUCAAAUUGAAAUUUGCCAGAUUAUUAAUGUUACCUUUGAGACGGUGUGGUCAGGGCCGGUGCAAGGAUUUUUGUUGCCCUUGGCAAAAGUAAAGUUUGCUGCCCCCCCAUGUGACAUCUCAAUGCCUCACCAAUAUGAUCUGCCAUGUUUACUAACGCCAGUGCUGCAGUGCGCCGUGUUUACAUUAAAAGGCCUGCAGGGAAAGGCUAUAGACACCAGAACCACUACAUUAAGCUGCAGUUGUUCUGGGGACUAUAGUGUCCCUUUAAUGUGAGGUAAAUUUGAGAUUAGUGCCACGAAUAAUAUACUAGAUUGCCUACUUACAACCAGAUGAGGAUGAUGAUGGGCUGCAGUCUGGCUCCACUGGUCUGGUGUAGAACAGGCUCUUUGGAGGCUGUUUGUAACUGAGGUCACAAAAUUCAAUGUUCUGGGAGAACGGAAAGCAGCUCCAUUUUUUGGGGGCCUUUUACACAGCUCAAGGUCUGGGUGCCAGGGUCCACCUUCAUGUUCCACCAAUGAGUUUGUUCACAGGGGGUGGAGUGUGUGGGGGUUGUCCUGAUAUGUGUGUAAGGAAUGCAUUGUGUGAAUCUGUGUUUGUAUGUGUAAAGGCUGCAAGGUGUGUUUCUGUGUAUGUACGGGUACGGGUAUGCAGUGUGUGCGUUUGUAAGGGGUGCAUUGAGUGUGUGUAAGGGGUGCAUUGAGUGUGUGUAAGGAAUGCAUUGUGUGUGUAAGGGAUGCAUUGUGUGUAAGGAUUGCAUUGCUUGUGUGUGUGUGUCUGUGUGUGUGUAAUGCAUUGUGUGUGUAAUGCAUUGUGUGGCAGAGCCCUGUAUGGUCCGCGGGUACAGUGAGGGAGUGACAGGAGGGAGCACUGAAUGCUUCCCCCCAGUCAGCCCCUCUCCUCAUGCUGUGCCCGGGCAAAGCUGCAGCCGUCUGAGGCUGCCUAACAGGUAGCGCCGGCCCUGGUUGUGGUAGCCCAGGAAUGAGAAUUACCCCCAUAAUUGCAUACCAUUUUAAAAAGUAGACAACCCAAGGUAUUGAAAGUGGGGUAUGUUUAGUCUUUUUUAGUAGCCACUUAGUCACAAACACUGGCCAAAGUUAGCGUUCAUAUUUGUUUUUGUGUGAAAAAAGCAAAAAACUAAUAUUUGGCCAGUGUUUGUGACUAAGUGGCUACUAAGAAAGACUGGACAUACCCCACUUGCAAUACCUUGGGUUGUCUACUUUUGCAAAUGGUAUGCCAUCAUGGGGGUAAUUCUCAUUCCUGGGCUACCAUACGCUCUCAAAGGCAACAUAACCAAUCUGGCAAAUUUCAAUGUCAAAAAAAUGAAAUGCAAGCCUUAUAUGUGACUCUCUAACUUUCCAAAACACCAUAAAACCUGUACAUGGGGGGUAUGUUAUUCUCGGGAGACUUCACUAAACACAAAUAUUAGUGUUUUAAAACAGUAAAACAUAUUACAACAAUAAUAUAGUCCAUAAAAGUGCCGUUCGUUUGUAAAAAAUGCAAAAAACGUUUACUUAAAAUAUCAUCGUUGUAAUACAAUUUACCAGUUUGAAACACUAAUAUUUGAGUUCAGCAAAGUCUCCUGAGUAAAACAGUACCCCCUAUGUACAGGUUUUAUGGUGUCUUGGAGAGUUACAGGGACAAAUAUAGUGCUUGCAAAUUAAGUUCUCUGCACUUUCUCCCUGUGUUGUCAGGCUUGUCAAUCAAAUUUUAAUUAAUCAAAUCACAUCACAAAAGAUUACUUAAAUAUACAUGUAGAAUUUUAAUAUAUAUAUGCAUUUAUAGGAAUUUAAAUUCUACGUGUAUACUAAUGUAAUCUUUUAUGUAAUUAUAUGUAUUUAUCUAUAUAUAUAUUUGCGGUUAUUUGUAUUUUAUAUAUAGAGAUAUAUAUAUAUAUAUAUAUAUAUAUAUAUAUAUAUAUAUAUAUAUAUAUAAUGUCAUUCUAAGUGAAAUUACAUAUGUAUAUAUAAUUUAUAUAAAAUUUUGUUUCAAUAUUUUAUUUAUUAUUGUAUUUAUCUAUUAUUGUAAUUAUACGUAUAUAUAUAUAUAUAUAUAUAUAUAUAUAUAUAUGUGUGUGUAACGUCAUUAUAAGUGUAUUUUAAUAUUAAAAUAUGUACUUAUAUUAAUUUUAAAAUACACUUUGUAUGACGUUACAUAUAUAUAAUAUGUAUCUAUAAUAUAUAUAUAUAUAUAUAUAUAUAUAUAUAUAUAUAUACAUUUCUAUUUUAAUUUUAAACUUGUCUAAUGUUUUUAUUAUUUUUCCCACCAGCAGGGGGACUGUCUGACAUUUCAGACAGUCCCCAUGCUGGCAGAUCCACAGCCAGCUAUAGGGGGCCUCAUUUGCCCGGGGAGGGCUGCCUGGGCUGUCAGGCAGCCCUCCAGAAAAGGAUUGCGGCAGAGGUAUGUCCACCGGGCCUCCAGGGGCUGCAAGCCGUUAUGGCGUUCUAUGCCGCCGCAACGGCUUUAAAGCCCUUUUAAUGCGGGAUGGCAUAGAACUCCGUAACGGCGUUAAGGGGUUAAUAUUGUUUACCAAAAUAAUGCAACAAACCACAAAUUCAAUUGACGAACAUUUAUGGAACAAAAUGGGAAAUAAAUUCCUUCUUGACUCCAUAAUGACAAUCAUGGUUGGAUCAACAACCUGCCUUUUUCAUAAAUAUUUACUGAAUAUGAUAAGACAAUCUUGUUGAGCAGAAAAUUCCAAAUAUUUAUUGUUCUUACUGUAAAGAUCCUUUUCCUCUGCUUUAAGCAAAAUUAUCUCUCUUCCAGUUUCAAAGGGCUGACCUCUUGUCUAUUGAAUGCUUCUGCUAAUGAAUAGGUUAGCACACAGCGGUGUGUACUGACCAUGUGUAUACUUUAAUAGUACUACCAUAUCCAUCUGAUACGCCUUUUUAUAAAGAUAACAAAUGCAUAUUUUUCUAACCUUGCUUAGUAACUUUUGUUUUCCAUUCCCCUUAUUAAAUAUGUUGCAAGCCUAUGCACUUUUUCUGCAGUAUCCUUCCUUAAACCCAGUGCCCAAAAUUGCACCGCAUAUUCAAGGUGGGGUCUUACCAUUGAUUUAUAAAAAGGCAACAUAAUGUUUUGAUUAUGUGAAUCCAUACCCCAUUUUAUACAAGACAGCGCCUUAAUAGCCUCUGCAAUGACGGACAGACAUUGUAUACUGUUGUCUAGUUUGUUGAAAAGCAUUGCUAAACAUGCGGUGGGAUACAGCUCAGAUUUUGCGUUUUGUGAUUUCUUUAGAUAAAAAUAUAGUUAAGAAUUUUAUUUUAUGUUUUAUUUUCCUGUUUCAGCUUCAUAUAUGUCUUUUGCUUUAUCGGGGAGCUUUCCCCACUGUCUUUACUUGCACUGUAAUAUUACAACUCACUUAGUAUUUAGGAGUUUCACGUCUUUAGAGCUUUAGUCCCAAUUUGGGGUUAGUGUACUAUUUACGGGUUACCCUCAUGUGUAUAUAUUUUAUUGUGACGGGAUUUCAGAAUACUUUUUUGUAGCUAAUUUCAUGUGCACUUGUUAUAUUAGUGAGUGCUCAUAUAUACUUUGCAUUAGUUUUCCUAUUUUAGUUAAGAAACGCACAUGAAUACAAUGUUAUUAUAUAAUGUAGUUCAACUGCUAGUUUCCAACGUGUUACUUUUUCAUAGUUGUAUUUGGCUUGUGUACAUUCUAAGGCUGAAGAUUUCAGUAUAAUAUUGUGAUUCCAUUUGAUUCUAUAUAGAAUCUUUGAUGUACAAUGAUUGUUUACUGAUGCACAGGUAAAUCAUCCUGCAGCUCUUCAUUUACUUGUCUUUUGGAUUAUCUAUGAAGGAUUUGAUUGGAUGAUAUUGGAUACAUAAAUAAAAAUACAGUUAUAUUUGACUUAUUCUCUUUUCCUACCUUUUUGGUAUUUAGUAGUUUCUUAUCUUAAUUAAACUCACACUUCUCCUGGCGGCAGCAACGACCAUAGCACACAUCAACCCCAAUACAUACAAAACAAGCAAAGAAAAAAAGUUACCUGCGCACUAGCCCAAAUCCCUAUGCAUUUUUAAAUAAAUGGAGGUUAUUUAGUAACUUAUUAUUUAGUAAGCCCAUCUGCCACGUCAAGGCAAACCUCUUGGUGGGUCCUACAUUAACAAUUCACUUUGCUUCCUUGAGCUUCAGGUAAAGAAAUCUCUAAUGAGACAGAGAGGGGUAUUUUUCUAAACCCCUACAUUCUUAUUAACCCUCAAUAGGGAACAGCAUUGUAUGAUACAAAAGUGAAUACAAAUACACAAAAAUAAGUCCUGCACUCAAGCUUCUAAUACAUCGAAUGGACAUUGGAGUUACUAAAUAACCUCAAUUUUUUAAACAUGUAUAGGUAACUCUUUUUUUCUUUGCUAGUUUUUGGGGAUGAUCUGUGCUAUGGUCAUUGCUGCCACCCAGGCGUAGUGGGAGUUUGAGUGCAGGGCUUAUUUUUGUGUAUUUUUUUUUAUCUAUAAUUGUUUCCAAGACCUUUUCAGUUAAUGUUAUCCCUAAGUUAACCACAUUUAAUCAAUAUUUUUUUUUUUCGUGGGUUCUUUAUUCCAAAAUGCAUGGAAUUGCAAUUAUCUGUAUUUAAUCUCUUCUGCCACUUGUCUGCCCAGUCCCCCAAUUUAUCCAAAUUCUUCUAUAGUCUAGUUAUAUCAUGUUCAAUUGUAUUACCUUACACUGACAGUGCAAACACUGACACGUGGCUUGCAAUGCCUACUUCAAGCUCAUUUAUAACCAGAUUAGACAGAAGUAGAUGUAGGACAGAAUUCUGAUGCAUUUCAAUUACCACUUUCGUUCAAGCUGAUAAUGUUCUAUUUAUAAUUUAUCUCUGCACUCUAUCAUUAAGACAGUGUUCUAUCCAAGAAUCGGAUAUUUUAUCUAAACCAACUAAUUUCUGUUUAAAUAGUAAUCUGAGACACUUUAAAGGGACAACCCACUGCUCAAAUACAUUUUUUUUUUAAAUUACAGUUUAGUAGAUAUAAUCCAAAUGAAAACACACAUGCAUUUCAAUGAAAUCUUUUUAAUCGUGGUCUAUCUAAAAAACACAAGUUCUCUUGUCUGCAGCCUUUGCAAGCCCUCCCCUUCUAUCCAGGCCCAGACUUUAGGUAGCUGUCCAAACACAGACUUUCCAAUGCAGCUCAAUGAGAGGUUGUUACAAGGCAGGUGCCCUGAGCAAUUUCUGCCUCUUGAGUUUAGCUACACUGAGUUAACCAAACCAGGUGAAACUAGGUUAAUUUAUAAAAGUUCCAAUAUCUAUUGAAAUCUGCAAUUUUAGUAAAAUUUAAAAAAGGAUACACUUUCCACAUAAACCGUUUCAGUAAGCUAAAAAGAUAAAACCUUAAUGUUGGGAGGCAUGGUUUUAAUCUGUUAUAUUGCAUAGUAAUAUAUUGAAUCAUGAUUAUAGUAAAGUAGGUGACACUUUAUUUAACUAGCAGACAAUGAUAUACUUUUUUUUUUUUUUACAGGUCGAAUUUUAGAAGCUACUAAAAACUAUUUCUGUAGCUCUACAAUAUUGACAUAGAAACAUGGAAACAUAGAAUGUGAUGACAGAUAAGAACCAUUUGGCCCAUGUAGUCUGCCUAUUUUUCUAAAUACUUUCAUUAGUCCCUGGCCUUAUCUUAUAGUUAGGAUAGCCUUAUGCCUAUCCCACACAUGCUUAACCUCUAUCACUUCAGCUGGAAGGCUAUUCCAUGCAUCCACUACCCUCUCAGCACUGGCUGAUCCGGGGGGGGAGGGGAGGGUAACGGGGCAAUCAGAGACCUCCCUCCCCGGUCUGCAGACACUAUGCUGACAGCCGGCAGGGGAGGGAGGGAGAGAGGACCUGGGAGCUCCGCCCGCAGCUCCUCCGGGUCCUACUCUCGUGAGCAGGGAGCUUUGCCGCGGUUACCACGGCAACGCACCAAAUCUCGCUAGAGUGAACUCUAGCCCCGGAGCUACAGGCUAGAGUUCACUCUAAACACUGGAACCACCAGGGACUCCCCACCGGACCACCAGGGACAUACAUUUAUUUAAUUUAUACAUUAAUUUAAUACAUUCUUUAUUUAUUAUCAAAAAGCCCCCCUACCCUCCUCACCACACACUCACACAUUGCCCCCCAUAAACUGCCCACACACAUACACUGCCCCCACACACACAUACACUGUCCUCCCACACACACAUACACUGUCCCCCAUACACACAUACACUGUCCCCCCAUACACACACUGCCCCCACACACACACAUACACUGCCCCCACACACACAUACACACACUGCCCCCACACACAUACACUGUCCCCCAUAGAUGCACUGCCCCCACACACACAUACACUGCCCCCCACACACACACCCCCAUACACACACUGCCCCCCACACACACAUACACUGCCCCCCAUACACACACUGCCCCCACACACACAUAAACUGCCCCCCCACACACUGCACCCCUCACAUUACACCACUGCUCCUAUGCCCUACUACAGCCCCAUAUCCCAGCAGAUCCCAGGUAAGUUGUCAAACUGUUCUUAAAUGGUUUGACUACUUAUUCUGGGAGGGGGUCCUGGCACUCCUGGCACCAUAACCACUACACAGAGCUGUAGUGGUUAUUGUGCAUGGAUUAUUUUUUUUAAAUAAUAUAAAAGUGCCCCUCCCGAGAUCAGUCUCUGGAUCUGCCACUGCCUCUCAGUAAAGUAAUACUUCCUGAUAUUAUUUUUAAACCUUUGCCCCUCUAAUUUAAGACUAUGUCCUCUUGUUGUGGCAGUUGUUCUUCUUUUAAACAUAGUCUCCUCCUUUACUGUGUUAAUUCCCUUUAUGUAUUUAAAUGUUUCUAUCAUAUCCCCCUUGUGUCGUCUUUCCUUUAAGUUCCUUUAACCUUUCCUGGUAAGUUUUAUCCUGCAAUCCAUGAACCAGUUUAGUAGCCCUUCUCUGAACUCUCUCUAAAGUAUCAAUAUCCUUCUGGCGAUACGGUCUCCAGUACUGUGUACAAUACUCCAAGUGAGGUCUCACCAGGGUUUUGUACAAUGGCAUGAGCACUUCCCUCUUUCUACUGCUAAUACCUCUCCCUAUACAACCAGGCAUUCUGCUAGCAUUUUCUGCUGCUCUAUUACAUUGUCUGCCUACCUUUAAGUCAUCAGAAAUAAUCACCCCUAAAUCCCUUUCCUCAGAUGUUGAGGUUAGGACUCUAUCAAAUAUUCUGUACUCUGCCCUUGGGUUUUUACGGCCAAGAUGCAUUAUCCUGCACUUUUCCACAUUAAAUGUUAGUUGCCACAACACAGGCCAUUUUUCUAGUGGAUUUCAAAGUUGAUCCAGAAAUGUACCUUGAGAUAGCAUAAUAUAUUGUUCGCUACUGAACUUCUAUUCUGUUCAGAGUCCUACAAAUAUAUUCAUGAAUAUGGUCUGCUAGACCAAACCAGUAAAAUAAAAACAACAAAUAUAUUUCACAUGCAAAGUAACUGUGCAGUGCACCUGUGUUGUUAAAACAGGUAGACAUUGUAGAUUGUACAAAAUAAACUACAUAGAUUACAUUUUUCAAAUCUAGUAUAUUGUGCCACCCAUAUUGUGAUGUUGUUGUUAUUAUUUACAUUAUUAUAUUUAGUAUUAUUUAUAUAAUUAUUACUUAUAUAUAUUAUUUAUAAAGCGCCAACAAGUUCUGUAGCGCUGUAUAUAGGUGGACUAACCGAUAUGUAUUUGCAACAAGACGAGCUGGAUGCACAGGAACAAAGGGUGUUGAGGACCAUGCUCAAAAGAGCUUACAUUCUUAAUUACUAAAUGUAAAAUUUAAAAGAAAACUGAGUAUCACAUAAAAAUAGUUAUCUCACAUUAUAUAGUGUUAUUUAGUGGUUAAGUUCCAGUGAAGAUUCCCCUUUAAGAGAAGUGAUGAUUCCCCUUUAACUCUGACAAUGGUAGGACAUUCCAUGCUGUCCUAAAAAUAGUGCACUAUAAAGCCAUUAGGAUGGCAUGGAACGUCCUUGCAUUUUGGUGUGAUACCUGGGUCUCCUCGUGUUUACUGAUCCCAGACAGACAAAUGAACUGAAUGCAGCAUUUAAAGUAUAUCCUGCAUAUAGCCUUUAAAUCCCUUUAAUCACUGCUAAAAGGCAAAUGUGCACAGCCACUGUUUUUCUUAGCUUGCCCCUAAAUGGAGGGAGAGACUAUAAGGGUCUGAAAAAAACUUUAUUAGUGUCUUCCCCUCCCCCCACCAAUAGUGAUUCGCGCUGGUCUUUCCAAGCUGCUCUGCACCCACUAGCGUACAUACCGCGGUCACAGGGGUCGCAGUUGCGACCAGGCCUGUCACUCCAAGGGGCCCGGCCAGCCUGAGGAACCCUGCGACCGGUACCCGCUGCCAUCUUUUGCGACCAUAGCCCGCGCAGCAAACCGCCGGGGCCGCUGUCCAAGGGAUCUAUCGGGUGGCCCAUGCUCACGUCACUCCUCCCAGCAUAUAAUGAUCAGUUUCGCACAAGGGCCCCAUGGAUUGUGUGUACGCCACUGUCUGCACCAAUCACUGCGUGAUCAGCAGAGAUAUGAUGCAGGAGCUGCAGCACCCAAGGGAGGUCCUUCUCUUGUGCUGCAAUCACACCAUAGAGAGCUCUCAUAGAGCACUCCGUACUGUGAGCAGGGAAGUCCCUCUUCUGACAUUACUACACGUUAGUGUUAAGUUUACAGUUAGCAUUAAGGUAGGGAUAUAGGGUAGGGAUUAGUGUUAGAUUAGGAUGCCGUUGUAAAGUAAGGUUUUCUGCUGGGUUAGAGUUAGGGUUAGUGUAGGGUCAGGGUAGGUGUAUGGUUAGAGUUAUUGUAAGUAUAGGGUUAGGGAUAGGGCUGGUACAGGGUUAGUGUUAACUAAAAAAAUUAAUUUAGAUUCUAGACACAUUUUUAGGUUUUAUUUUGGUUCAGAAGAGAACAAUAGCCUCCAUUCUCCAAUGUAUACAUUUACUUAAUAAUAUUAAUUUUACCACCUGCAGCAUCACUGGGGUGUCAUCAGCCAGCUAAUGUCAGUUCUGUGCAACUUUCAUUCAGCUGAUGCUCUCAGCCAGUGAAUGUCGACACUGUGCAGCUCUGCAGAAACCGGAACCAUUACUGGACCGCCAUUACUGGACCGCCUGGGAGCAUCGGGUCCCACGGGGACCCAGGAACGAGGGCAAACAGUUGCUAAACAAUUUGUCCCAUUAUCAGGGAGCCGGCCCUGGAUACUUCUCACAUUAUAACCAAUACAUCAAACUAGACGUUAUGAUGUUAGAAGUAACAUUUAUUUUCAAUUAUAUAUUUGUGGGUGAUGAUUAACUUGUAGCUUAUUCGAGUCAUGUUAUGUAACAUAAGGUAUAUUUAAUUGACUUUAAGAUGAUGAUUAGUCACACCCUUUAAUAUGUUUCUUUCCAAAUAUAAGUUGUGCAAGCUUUUGCAAUGAUUAAUUGAAAAAAAUCGUGUUGCACAUUUAAAGGGAAACUGUCCCUUCUCAGGAUUUUUCAUAUUAAGUUUGUUUACCCCCUAUAUGUAGAAAAUGUGUUUUUUGAUUUCCAAGAAAUUAAAUGUAAUUUACAUAAACCAGUUGCAUUUGUGGUAUGAUAAAUCAGACCAACUCAGAUAUAUACAAGUGACCUUCAAAUAUAAUAGCUCAAUUAUUUGUGUCCUUUAAAUCAUUAGACAAUAUAUUUUGUUUAUAUUAUUAUCAUUAUUAUUAUGAUAUUUAUAGAGCACCGUCAGAUUCUGCAGCGCUUUACAAUGGGUGGACGAACAGACAUGUAGUUGUAACCAGACAAGUUGGACACACAGGAACAGAGGGGUUGAGGGCCCUGCUCAAUGAGCUUACAUGCUCGAGGGAGUGGGGUAAAAUGACACAAAAAGGUAAGGAUAGUAUUAGACUAGUGACAGUUGCAGAAGAGGAAUCAGUCAGGAGCUAUUAACAGUUUAAUUGAUACGCUUUUAUGAAGAAGUGGGUUUUUAACGAUUUUUUGAAGGAGUGGAGACUGGGUGAGCAUCUAACGGAGGAGGGAAGCGAGUUCCACAGGAACGGUGCAGCCCUUGAGAAAUCUUGAAGGCGAGCAUCAGAGGUGGGAGUAUGGACAGAAGAUAGACGUAAGUCUUCAGCAGAUCGUAAGGGCCUAGAUGGGACAUACUUGUGUAUAAGGGAGGAUAGAUAGGUGGGAGCAGCAUUAUGUAGAGAUUUGAAAGCAAGAACCAGAAUUUUAAAUUGAGCUCUAUAUGUUAUAGGAAGCCAAUGUAGGGACUGACAGAAGGGUGAUGCAUGGGAGGUGCGGGCGGACAGGAAGAUGAGCCUCGCCGCCGCAUUCAUUAUGGACUGUAACGUCGCUAGUUGGGAGCACGUAAGACCACUGAGAAGCGGAUUACAGUAGUCAAGGCGAGAAAGGACAGUGGAAUAGACCAACACCUUAGUCGUAUCUGGCGUUAAGUAGGGGCGGAUGCGCGCAAUGUUUUUGAGAUGGAAAUGACAGGAUUUGGCGAUAGAUUGAACAUGAGGCUUGAAGGAGAGGUCGGAGUCAAAGAGAACACCUAGGCAGCGAGCCUGCGUGGUGGAGCUGAUGGUAGCACCGUUGACUUGGAGGGAGACAGACACAGGAGUAACAACACUUGAGGGAGGAAAGACCAGAAUUUCAGUUUUGGUCAAGUUUAGUUUAAGGAAGUGGGCAGCCAUCCAGUUAGAAACAGCAGAGAGGCAGUCAGAGACACUAGUCAAGAGGGACGGGGAGAGAUCAGGAGAGGACAGGUAGAUUUGCGUGUCAUCUGCAUAGAAAUGAUAUUGGAAGCCAAAGGAGCUAAUGAGUUUACCAAGGGAGGCAGUAUAGAUGGAGAACAGUAGGGGACCAAGGACUGAACCUUGGGGGACACCAACAGAGAGGAGUUGGGGAGAAGAAGCAGAGCCAGAGAAAGAAACACUGAAAGAGCGCUGGGAGAGGUAGGAGGAGCACCAGGAGAGAGCAAUAUCUUGUAGACCAAUAUUGCGGAGGAUGAGAAGAAGCUGUUGAUGAUCAACAAUGUCAAAAGCCGCAGACAGGUCAAGGAGAAUUAGGAUAGAGUAGUGACCACGAGAUUUUGCAGCGAGUAGAUCAUUGGAUACUUUGGUCAGUGCCGUUUCAGUGCUUAGCGCGGAAACCAGACUGAAGUGGGUCUAGCAGAGAGUUGGACUUGAGGAAGUCUGUCAAUCUCGCAUACACAAUUUUUUCCAGGAUCUUGGAUGCAAAAGGCAGUAGCGAGAUAGGACGACAGUUGGAUGGGGAGUUAGGGUCAAGAUUGGGCUUCUUUAGAAUUGGGGUUACAGUUGCAUUUUUGAAGGGUAAUGGAAAUAUACCAGAGGAGAGAGAGAGAUUGAGAAUUUUAGUGAGAGGUGGAGAAAGAGAAGAAGACAGAGUAGGGAUGAGAUGCGAGGGAAUUGGAUCUAGGGAGCAGGUGGUGGGGUGGGAGGACUGGAGCAGAGCAGAAACCUCUUCCAAUGUGGCGGGUGCGAAUGAACAUAGAACAGCAGAGGGAGUGAAGUUAGGGGAAGUAUUGUAAGGGGAAGAAGAAAGAUGAUAUAUCUCUUCUCUGAUUGUAGAGAUCUUGUCAGUGAAGUGAGUUGCAAAGUCUGAGGCGGUCAAGUUAGUAGGUCGAGGAGGAACAGCAGGGCGAAGAAGAGAGUUAAAUGUGUGAAAUAGUCGUUUGGGUUCGCGGGAGAGUGUGGUUAUGAGGGUAUUGAAGUAAUUAACUUUUGCAGAGGAAAGAGCCAAGCUGUAUGAGCUCAGCAUAAAUUUAUAGUGGAGAAAGUCAGAUGCACAGUGAGACUUUCUCCAACAGCGUUCAGCAGUUCUGGAGCAUUUUUGGAGGUAUCGAGUGAGCUUGGUGUGCCAGGGUUGUUGUUGGGGGGGCCUGCGGUGUUUAAAUGUACAAGGUGCCAUGAUGUCUAGUUGAGAGGAGAGGGUGGAAUUGUAGAAGGAGGUUGCAGAACUAGGACAGGUGAGGUUUGAGAUAGGUAAAAGGAGAGUUUGGAGAUUAGUGGAGAAAUGCUCUAGGUCAAGACAUUGGAGGUUUCUGUGAGAGUGAUGUUCAGACGGUGGUGUCAAUUGGGUCUUAGGUAUGCCAAUGUCAAAAGUCAGCAGAUGGUGGUCAGAUAGAGGAAAAGGAAUAUUGGAGAGAUUAGAGGCAGUACAGAGGUUGGUGAAGGCAAGAUCAAGAGUGUUUCCUGCUGUAUGGGUUGCUAGAUUGGACCAUUGCGUAAGGCCAAAGGAGGAGGUUACAGAGAACAGACGAGAGGCAUCAGUGCAAUUGGGGUUAUUGAUUGGGAUAUUGAAAUCCCCAAGUAUAAGGGAAGGAGUGCUAGAUGAGAGGAAGUGGGGAAGCCAGGAAGAAAAGUGCUUAAUGAAUAGUCUAGGAUAACCGGGGGGGCGGUAGAUGAUAGCAAUUCUUAAAGGAGUGGGUUUAAAUAGGCAUAUAAAACAAGCAUAUCACACGUCUCUGGUAGUUAUUGCUGACUAAAGGUUAAAUGCCUCUAACUCAGGCUUUCCCAAACUCCGGCCCUCCAGAUGUUGCUGAACUACAACUCCCAUGAUUCUAUGAAUGAAAUAGAUAGGCUGAGAAUCAUGGGAGUUUUAGUUUAGCAACAUCUGGAGGGCCGUAGUUUGGAGAAGCCUGCGGUCUAAAUGAUCAUCUAUGAGUGAUUCAGAGUUAAACCAAAAGUCUUCCAAAAACAGCACCUGUAUGGAGAAAAGAGAUUUUAGAAUGUCAAACUCAGGAUCCAGAGUCUAAUUUUCAGAGGGGUACAGAAGGUGAAUGGCCAGAAACGGUUAGUGAUUUGACCUUCCCCAUCUGCCCCAGAUCCACCACUAAUGGGCAUCUAGCAGUAAAUGUAUGGCUUGGGUUUAAUCAUAAAACAGAGAAUUCAUGUAAAGCAGUGUUUAAGGUAAUAGCUAUGCCUUUUAAAGGUUUUGUAGGAGGGAGGGAUAAAUGACUAGAACUUGUGAGAUAACUAGCAUGAAGUGUAUAUCUGUGUUUUGUCAGGGAUAAACUAGGGAUUACCCAGGAGGCCAUGUGUUGAAUCUAAUAAAAUGUUAAUGUCACUUUGCAAUUUCAAGAAAUACCUUCUGAAAGUCGUAAUCACUUAUGAUCUCAUUUACAUUCAGCAUUAUAGUUUUAAGAACACAAGUCCACUUUGACACAAUCAGGUGAAUUAUUGGAUUGUGAGAUCAGUCAUGUGAGGUUGUAAAGAAAGGUCGACGCGUAAGACAUCAAAGGUAAUGGAAAUCUGUGCAGACAUAGGAGCAAAGUUUAUCAUUCGGAAACGUGCAUUUAGAGAGAUAGCACAUCAUGUGGAAUAAUUCAAACACGAGUCCAUUUUUUUUACUCUAUCGUUUUUCAUUGCAGGUGGUGAUCACAUAGUAUGUAUAAAAUACCAAGAAAAAAGAAAAAGGAAGACCUAGGGGAAAAGGGGAAAAGGGGAGAGGGGGAAGAAAGAAAACCACACCCCUCCUACCCCGAUACUUCCUUUUUCUUUUUUCUUCAUCAAUACGUAUGUGAGGGUUACCCCCCAAGUCAGGUUGCCCUGGACACACAUUCGGCUGAUUUACCUUUUAGGGUAUCAGCUGUUCCUAACUAUGUAUGUAUAAAAUACCACAAACACUCAUAGAGUGUCCAAUAAAUGGUGGGCCUGAUUCAAAUAUAUACAUGUAUAAAAUAUUUCCCCAUCAUAAACAACAGUUCUUAUUUGAGAAUUGGAUUUAUUAUAAUAUUUGUAUUUAUUUAGGGCCAAUAGACAUAUUUUCUUAGUGGACAGACAGACAUGUAGUGGGUGGAGGUGCAUGCUUCACCCUCACACCAGGAAAAUAAGGAGAUUUGAACCAGAGGGCCAGCAGCACUUGAUUUCCAAAUCUGAAGAUUCUGUGUGAAACUUGGCAUGUCUUAGAUUUACUAAAAGAGGCUGUGACUACGAUAAUACUUGUGGACAAUACACCAUAAUAGUAAAGGGAUACUCUAAUUACCAAAACAACCUUAGUUUAAUAAAGUAGUUUUGGUCUAUAGAUCAUGCUUCUGAAGUCCCACUGCUCAAUUCUCUGCCAUUUAGGAGUUAAAUUACUUUUGUUUGUUUAUGCCACUAAAGCCACCGACCCUGUCUGUGAUUCACACAGUUUAGAUCAGCGGUAGUCACCCUGGUGCCUAUCGCCCACUAGUGGGUUUUUCAAGCUUUCAUGGUGAGCAGUGGAGGUUGGUUUUAUCCGCUACCCUUGGUUGUCCAGCACAACCACAUGGUCCCCCAAAACGUGCGCCCAGUCAUUGACCUCAUAAAAACGACAAACACGCUUUGCGUUAACGCUUCUGUUUGAUAAAUCUCUCUCUCGAUGACUAAAAGGAAGCGCUUGUGCGACUGCAUUCUUGAUCAGGACGAUGUAACACGCGGGAAGAGGAGAGGAGCUGAUGCACUCCAAUGUAAAAGCAAGAACUGAAAGAAAUGUGAUGUUUAAAGUAGCUGAUAUUAAACUUUGGCAAGCAAGUAGUGUUAUUUUCUGUUUACUUGGUUUACUUAACAUUAAAAAAAAAGGAUGGAGAGAAUAAAAAGAUAGGAAAACGGAGACUCCUGAUAUAAAGAUAUUCCUUUUUUCAGUUGUUUUGUUGUUUGUUAAUAAUAAAGUAGGAUACCUUCCUGCCAGUGAUUACAAUAAGAAAGGAGAAAAGAGUAGAAGAAAGAAAAGAAGAAAAUGUAAAAAAAAGAAAAGAAAAUGAAAAUAUAUCCAGUUUUCACAUUUAACUUUAUCUUUUUCUUCAAUUUAAGCAGCUCCAAUGCUAGUAGGCGCUGCAUUGAUGACGAUGCAGAGACUCAUUACAUUUAAAUUAUAUAUGUAUAUAUAUGCAUAAAGUAGAAAUAAAAAGAUACAUUUAUGCACAUAUAUUUUAAAUAACCCUCCUUUCUACAAAUUUUGCAAACUUGCGCUAAAAUGUUUUAGGUAAUGUGGCACAGUUGGGUGGUAAGGAAAUGUUACCAUGAAAAAAGACACAUUUAAGUGGGUGGUAAGUAUAAAAAGGUUGACUACCUCUGGUUUAGAUGUGGUUUUUUUUGCAAUCAGAUCUUACAGUACGGUGUAUUUACGUUAGUUCUUGUCUCAUGCUCUGUUAAUUGAAAGCUAAUUGCAUACCUGAGGCUGUUGUAGAUCAUUAAUAGCAGAAUUUCUAAAUUAAACACACUGUGCAAUGAGGGAAGAUUACAUUUUUAGUUAGUAUGUAGGUGUCAGGGGUCUGGUCAGGAAGGGGUGCUGACCAGUCUAUAGGUUGGAACCCAGAAUACAAAGAAACCAAUAUACACACAAAUUAAGGUAAAAAACAAGUGUAUUUAUAUUUACAAGGAAGACAAUAAAAUGAAAUAUAAGAACACAUAACAGAAUGUAAGAGAAGGGCCUCUGGAUACAGGGAAGCAUAGGCGGGGCAGCCAGCACAGGAAUGCAGGAUAGGUGGGGCAGCCAUCAAGUGAAUGCAGGAUAGGUGGGGCAGCCAUCAAGGGAACGCAGGAUGGGUGGGGCAGCCAUCAAGGGAACGCAGGAUAGGUGGGGCAGCCAUCAAGGGAAUGCAGGAUAGGUGGGGCAGCCAUCAAGGGAAUGCAGGAUAGGUGGGGCAGCCAGCACAGGAACGCAGGAUAGGCGGGGCAGCCAUCAAGGGAACGCAGGAUAGGCAGGGCAGCCAUCAAGGGAACGCAGGAUAGGCAUGGCAGCCAUCACAGGAAUGCAGGAUAGGCAUGGCAGCCAUCACAGGAACGCAGGAUAGAUGGGGAAACUAUCACAAGAACGCGUGAUAGGCUGGGCAGAUAUCACAGGAACACAGGAUACACGGGGCAGAUAUCACAGGAUAGGCGGGCAGUUAUCACAAGAACGUGGGAUGGGCAGUUAUCACAAGAACGCAGGAUAGGCAGGCUGUUAUCACAGGAACGCAGGAUAGGCGGGCAGUUAUCCCAGGAAUGCAGGAUAGGCAGUUAUCACAAGAACGCAGGAUAGGCAGUUAUCACAAGAACGCAGGAUAGGCAGUUAUCACAGGAACGCAGGAUAGGCGGACAGUUAUCACAAGAAUACAGGACAGGCGGGCAGUAAUCACAGAAAUGCAGGAUAGGCGGGCAGUUAUCACAAGAACGCAGGAUAGGCGGGCAGUUAUCACAAGAACGCGGGACAGGCGGGCCGUUAUAACAAGAAUGCAGGAUAGGCAGUUAUCACAGGAACGCAGGAUAGGCGGGCAGUUAUCACAAGAACGUGGGAUGGGCAAGCAGCUAGCACAUGAAUGCAGGAUUGGCAGGCAGCUAGCUCAGCUAUACAGAACAAAAGGACCAGAUCAACAACAUUAUUAGCAAUAAUGAACUGGCAAACAAGAAGAGGUGAGGCUCAACUAAACAGGGAAAAGAUAAUUACAAAGUAAUAUCAGCUGGGAACAGAGAACGUUCUCAGUCUGGGUGCAGCAGCCUGAAAUAGCACCACAGACAGGUAGUGGCACUAUGAGGUACUGCACAAGACUGAGCGUAAACCAAACCUUGACAGCAGGGUCUGUGUGAGUUUGGAGAUAUGUCUAGGAAUGUAUAAACAAACGAAUUUACAGCGGCACUGUCACCCCCACCCCCCCUGCAAAUAUAGUAUUUCAUAAAGAUACAAUCUUUCUGAAAUACUCAUACUAACUGUGUUAGCAAUUCACUGAAAUUUUAACCAAAUCAAAAGAUUCUGUAGAGUCUAUUUUGUCUCAGUAUAUUUCCUAUGUCUGACAUUUCUAGACACUGGGCGGAGCCUAGAAGUGCAAUCUACCAGCCGUCACUAGUGACAGCUGCAGAGAUACUAGCUCUCUCCAUAGAAUUUAAUGCAUGCGCGAGCGUACAGCAGCAGUGAUGCAAUCGAGGACCUGCCAGAAGAAGAUAGCGGUGCCUAUGAGGGAUAGGUUACAGUAAGUAAAUCACACAUUUCCCUGCUCCCCCUUCAGCUUCUGAUCCACCAGUGUCUAUGUCACCAUUAGGGGACACUGCCGCUUUAACUGCUAAAAGGCAGAUAAUUGAGGAGUGAGACUGCAGGGGCAUGAUCUAUACACUGUGACAGCUCCAUUAAGGUAAAGUUGUGGUAUGUGAGUGGGUGCCUGUGUGUAGGUUUAUUACAAAUAUCUGUUUUUAUUCCCUCUGCAGUGACUGUCAUAUCAUUACUUUGCCUGUCCAGCAUUAGUCCGGCAUGGUGCCAGAUAAUGAACGACUCACAGGAUCUGUCUUCGUUCACUUUAAGGAAUUCAACCCAAACAACAAAUGAAACAAGUUUGGAUCUUGCAGAAUCCUUUGGAAAUAAAUACAAUAUCUACAUAGGGCUUUUAUUGGGAAUCAGUUCCAGUCUGUUCAUUGGCUCCAGUUUCAUAAUGAAAAAAAAAGGCCUUUUGCGAUUGGCUGAAAAAGGAGUCACCAGAGCAGGUAAGCAGAAAAACAUGUUUGUUCGUGAUAAGAUAAACGUUUGAGCCAUUCACUCUUGUGCAAGAGAAAGGUGACACUAAUACAAUAAUUAUAUUUCUAUUUUUAUGUGGGCAUUGAGCUAAAAAUCAAAGGUUAUAAAUGCUGACAUCCUCAAUGAAUGAGAAUUUCGAGAUUUCCUUUAAGCCCUUAAGGACCAAACUUCUAGAAUAAAAGGGAAUCAUGACAUGUCACACACGUAAUGUGUCCGUAAGGGGUUAAGCAUUAUUGAUCACAGCACGUGAUAAUGGAUCAUCUGUCUGUAAAGGUUCCCAUUUACCUAACAUCUGGUAGGCUGUGGGACUACCAGCCUUGAACUGUAUGUGAUAUUGGAUUUAUUUUGCUGUAUUUAUUUACACCAGGAAACGUUACUAGAAUGUGUAUUGGAACCUGCAGUGACGGUAUUACCCGAAGGUGGGAUUUUUGUACUGUUUGAAGGUUAACGUCCAGCACCCAAAUAUUAGAUGCAUUAGAUAAAUUAGAUUACAGUUAGAUCAGUUUUGCUGCAUAGAAGUUAAUCCCUUUUUCAGACUCUGUAAAACAUUUCUGUGUCUGGGCUUACACUGACCAUUUUAUGAAUUAAAAGCAGAUUUUACCUAGACCAAUGUUCACUUUUUCCAAAGUUCACCGGUUAGUAUUUCCAAGAGAGUUAUGUUCAGCUCCCUUUGAAUGUUGCAAGGUAUAAUAAAUGUGUCUUUCUGUUUGAGAAUUGCUGGAGUAGUCAUGUCUUUGGGGUGACGAGUUUUACAUUGUUCUGUCUCUGUGUUACAAGUAAUUUUGGUUUCUUGUACUUACAAUGACAUUAGUUGUAAACCAGCUAGAAGAACCUAUUCUUAAUAUAGCUGUUACAUGCAUUUAAUUUUGUUUGGUUUCAGUUUAAUCUUGUAAAAAUUCGACAUAUAGGCAUCUGACCACAUAGAACUUGGACAAUGGGUAUGAAAAACUCUCUUUGGACAGACUUAAUUUGGAACCCUUGUUUAUCAAGGGCACACAGUAAUAUUUCAUAGUGCACUUUUAUAUAGCGUACCACUCCUGCACUUAAUGCAAUACUCGUUCCUAUGCCAUCCCUGUGAAUCACAUGAUUUUGUCAUAGGCUGAUCUGCUCAAUUCAUACCACUACAUACCAUCCCAGACACUGUAUCACUUUUUUAUCGUCAAAAGAACACUCCACUGCCCAAAUUAAAAAAAUUAAAUAAAAACACUGUUUAGUAGCUAUACUAAACAUACCUUUAUUCAAAUAUAAUUUUUUUCAUUAGGGUAUAUCUAAAAACCACUUGCAAAAGAUCUGCAGCCUUUGCAAGCCUUCCCUUUCUAACCCCACCCAGACUCUCUGUGGCUGUCCAAUCACAGGCUUCCUAAUGCAGCUCAAUGAGAAGUAUUUGCAAGGCAGAUGCCCGAGAAAUUGCUGCCUCUUGAGUUUAGCUGCAUUGAGAUCACCAAACCAGGUAGUAAGCGACUAGUUGUCUGAUUGACAGCCUGGAGAGUGUAAAAAGGUAAAUUUAUAUAAAAGAACAUUUCUAUUUAAAUCUCACAUUUUUAAAAUGAAAACACUCUACACACAUAAAGUUCUUCAGCAAGCUGGAGUCUUGAGUGUACCUUAAAUGCAUUGCUUUCAUGCUAAAUAGCAGCUCUCUUUUAAUCCUUAUUAAUCCAUACCACCUCACAGUUCUCAACGCUCCUGUAAUCCAUACUGCUCCAAAACCAUACCACACACUGUAGCUCUCCUGUAAUCCAUACUGCUCCAAAACCAUACCACACACUGUAGCUCUCCUGUAAUCCAUACUGCUCCAAAACCAUACCACACACUGUAGCUCUCCUGUAAUCCAUACUGCUCCAAAACCAUACCACACACUGUAGCUCUCCUGUAAUCCAUACUGCUCCAAAACCAUACCACACACUGCAGCUCCCCUCUAAUAUAUACUGCUCCCAAACCAUCCCACACACUGCAGUUCCCCUCUAAUAUAUACUGCUCCCAAACCAUACCACAUACUGCAGCUCUCCUGUAAUCCAUACUGCUCCCAAACCAUACCACAUACUGCAGCUCUCCUGUAAGUUAUACUGCUCCCAAACCAUACCACACACUGCAGCUCUCUUGUAAUCCAUACUGCUCCCAAACCAUACCACAUACUGCAGCUCUCUUGUAAUCCAUACUGCUCCCAAACCAUACCACAUACUGCAGCUCUCUUGUAAUCCAUACUGCUCCCAAACCAUACCACAUACUGCAGCUCUCCUGUAAUCCAUACUGCUCCCAAACCAUACCACAUACUGCAGCUCUCCUGUAAGUUAUACUGCUCCCAAACCAUACCACACACUGCAGCUCUCUUGUAAUCCAUACUGCUCCCAAACCAUACCACAUACUGCAGCUCUCCUGUAAUCCAUACUGCUUCCAAACCAUACCACAUACUGCAGCUCUCCUGUAAUCCAUACUGCUCCCAAACCAUACCACAUACUGCAGCUCUCCUGUAAUCCAUACUGCUCCCAAACCAUACCACAUACUGCCUGUAUCUAGUUUUUAUACAGAUUACAUUUUCUAUUGCAGUAGCAGUGACUCUAUUCUCUGCUGCCCAUUUGCAGAGCUGCACGCUAAUGCUUUAAGUGUGUGCCUCCAGUCUAUGUACUGCAAGGUGGCACGAAACAGCAGUCAUUGUAAAAUGAUACCUAUCUGCGUAAACACACGUGUUUCACUAAGUUCAACAUGCAAAACCGUGUUUGUUAAACAAAGGUUAAAAUAAGAGUUCAAUAAAAAAAAAAAUAUUCUCUGUUGGCAUGAGAGCCAAAUUAAUGUAGGGGCUGUUGGUGUUGAAGCUCCAGGCCACACACUGCAAGAAGCCCACACUCCUAGAUUUCUGUUUGGGAUUUUCUUUUUGGGUGAUCUCAUGUGUCCUUUGAAUGCCGAGUGCCUUUGUCACAGGCUUUGGCCAGGUACGCACAGAUAUCCUAUUGAAUCUGACUGAGAAUCUUAAGCUUCAUUGACUGCCAAAGUGAAACACACUGAUGGACACUCUAAUGUACAAAGCGGAAUGUGGCAGACUACAUUGUAGACAUCUGCCAGCACUGAGGCACGAGACAUAAUUUAAAAUUAAAAACACUUAAAGAGAUAUUCACUAAAGCUAGGAUUUCAAUUUUUGGAAUUCAAUGGGAAUUUCCAAAUGUCGGAGGAAGGGGGGGGGGGGGGGAAGAAUCAAUAAAAUUAGAAUAUUUCUCCAAGUCAGUUCUGUUUUCAGUACGACUGUUUUGGCCUUAAAUUUUAGAUUCACUUUGAAUUUCCAGCAUUUCUCUCUUCAGUGAAUAACCUUGUUUGUGUACAUUGUUAAAGCAGACAUCUCAAAUAAGUACAUUUCUGCAACCCAAUUUAGGUGUGCAGAAACAAACUAAACCUGAAUUUAUAUAUCUGUACACUGAUCUGUCAUUCAACAGUUGUGUAAAUAGUAUACACUGAUCUGAGAAUAAAUAUAGACAUGAUGGAUUUGGUGAAUAUCUAUAUAUAGAGAGAGAUGUAUAAUUGCAUUUUGUCUUCCACAUAGUUUAUAAUUUGCACCAUUGUUAAGCAAGAUGUUUGAUUGAGAUAAUUUCACCAUGAAGCUGUACAUGUUCCAGUUACUCCCAUUCAAAUAAAAUGUAAAAUUCCAAGUAAGACACACCUUUAGAAAUUAACCCCUUAGGGCUGGUAGGAUAUUCCAUGCCGUCUUUCACAGACUGGUCUGUUCUUUAACACGGCAUAAAAUGUCCUAAAGGUUUGGUGUGAGCAAGAUUAAAUCCCUGCUCACACUAUGGAGACGCAGGUAUCAAUUGAUACCUGGGGAUCCACUCAUUCAGCUUGGGCCAUAUUUAGUGGUCUCAGACUGACCAAUUAGGUGUAUGUAGUGCUCAAAGUGACAGGGUCACUGGGCAGGGUAUCUCUGCUUGUCCCCUGCCUUCUGUGACCACCCCAGUGCUGCACAGCACCAAUCACACAGCAUGGGUUAAACACUUACCUUUCUCCAGCGCCGGGCUCCCUCGGCGCGCUGGGGACUCUCCUCCCACUUCCGAUGUCAUCGGCUGAAUGCGCAUGCGCGGCAAGAGCCGCGCGCGCAUUCAAUCAGUCCAUAGGAAAUCACAGUGAGAAGCGCGGAAGUGUCUGGAUUAACCCAUAUGUAAACUUAGCAGUUUCUCUGAAGCUGCUAUGUUUACAGCUUCAGAGUUAACCCUAGAUGGACCUGGCACCCAGACCACUUCAUUGACUUCAUCCUUUAAAGGGAUUCUGUAGUCACCAGAAUCACUACAGCUUAAUGUACUUGUUCUGUCUCCUGUCUUUCAGGAUUUCAAAUGUAAACUCUGCCUUUUCAGAAAAAAAUCAGUGUUUACAUUACUGCCUUGUAACACCUCUAGUGGCAGUCACUCAGACAGCCACUAGAGGUGCUUCCUACUCCAGUGCUGCACUAUGUGCAGCAACUACAUUCUGCGUCUCCACGCUAUGCAUACAGAUGCUGAAGGCUCUCCAUAGACAUGCAUUAAAUCAAUGCAUAUCUAUGAGGAAAUGCUGAUUGGCACAUCACUUUGUUUUGCCACGAUUGCUUAAUAGCGUCCCAAUGCUUUGGAUUGGCUAAGAUCAUUAAGAUUUAUAAUCUCACCCAAUGAGGGGUGACAAGCCACAACAAGACAGGCGUGGUGAUGUAGAAAAGGUGAAUUUACUACCUUUUAACUCCACUCUGAGGGGGACGGUGGACCCCGUGUAUUCCUAACAUUAUAGUGUUUCUUUAAGAAGUUAAAUAAAUGGACUGUCAUAUUUUCCUUUCCAUUUUAGAAGCUUAUACUGUACAGGAUAUAUAUUUUUAUUUAUUUUGUGAGUUUUGUAUAAGCUUAUUCCAUUGUUUGAAAACAUAACAGUACCAAUCCAAGAUUUCCAGAUUAUAUUAUUUAUAACUAUCUCAGUGACGCUGUGCAAUCUGCACACCAGGGAUGUUAGGAGUCAAUACAGCUUUGAAUUGUCCCUUUUAAAAGAAUAAUACAAAUUAAUUAAACAGGAACUAUACAUUUUACUAAUUUUCACGUAUGUCCUAGACAGAGUUUAGAUGUUAUUUAAAUCUAAUUUUAUUGACUUAUAAGAAGAUCAUUGUAGAUUUUAAAAUAUAAUAUUUUGCUUUGUAUUGUGAGGAGAUGAUCUUUAGCAUGCAUGUAUGUGUGUGUAUAUGUAUGUAUGUGUGUGUCUGUGUGUAUAUAUAUAUAUAUUUAUAUAUAUAUAUAUAUAUAUAUAUAUAUAUAUAUAUAUAUUUAUAUAUAUAUAAAAUAAAUAAAUAGCUUGGCACUCUCCUUACCGGUAUUAUGAAUAUAUCUGCCUGGGUGCCAUCCACAGUGCGUCCAAUAUAUAAACAAAGAAAGAUCCAGGAUGCACUCGCAGGACUUUGCCAAAAAUAAUGUGAUUUAUUUAAGUGAUGUGCAUACAGCAAACAAAAAACUACGUUUCGACCCCUGCGGAUCUUUUUCAACCUUGAAAAAGACCCGCAGGAGUCGAAACGUCGGUUUUUGCACAUCACUUAAAUAAAUCACAUUAUUUUUGGCAAAGUCCUGCGAGAUAUACACACACACAUAUAUUAAGGAAUUUCCAGGGAUUCAAAAUUAAUUUCAAAUUUAUAAUCAAACUGGAAGCAUAGCUAACUUGAGGAUUUUUCCCAUACUUUUUUAGCCUUAUUUUUAUUUUUUUAUUAUGAUUUUAGAAAGAUUAAAUAUAUAUAUAUAUAUAUAUAUAUAUAUAUAUAUAUUUAACAGCAUUUUAGUAAACUAUAUUAUUCCAGUGUAUUUCCAUCCAAAUCCAAUCUUAGAUAGAUGGUUAUUAGGUAAGAAUAUCUGGGAAAUUAAUAUAGUCUUGAAUUAAGUUCCAUUAUACUUUGAUAUUGGAUUUGGGCUUCGAUAUCUAUUAAGGUUCCUAGCAAUACAUAGUUUGACAGCCAUUAAAACAUGAAUGGUUAAAUAUGAAGAUGGUUUAGCCAUUUUUGGCAUAUCUUUGUGAAAUACGAAUCUUUCUGGGGUCAAAGUGAUAUUUAAUUUUAGAUCAGUAAGAAGUUUAGAUACUCCCAGUUUAAGAAUAUCCAAGCCAACACAGUCUCACCAGAUAUGUUUAAGUGAACCAAGUUCUCUAUUACAUCUCCAGCAGUAAUUGGAGGAAUUUAUUUGAAACUUACAUAGUUUAAUGGGAACCAUAUACCAUCUGUGAAUACGCUUAAGGAAGGUUUCUUGUAUAUUUAUUCAAUGAAUCGUUUUCUUUAUUAACUCAAAUUAAUUUGACCAGGCUUGACAAGAGAAGGACUUAUCCAGAUCGAUUUUCCACUUAAUGACAGUAUUCAAUUUAACUUCUUGAUUAAGUGUAUCCAAGACUCUUCUAAUUCUUGAAGGUUUAUUAGUGCCCUCCCCAUAGAGAAUCUUAUCAAAGGGUGAGCCCCUAAUUAAAGAUGUUUUAUGUAGAAAAUCUAUUAUUCUUAGAUAAGUAAAAUAUUCUUUAUUCGAUAAACCUGAUCUUUCCUGUAAGUACGAAAAUUUACUAAUCCCAGAGGUACCAUAUAAGUCUUGAAUUUUUACCAACUCUAUUUCUAAUCAACCAGACAAAUUAAAAUCCUGGAUAAAAAUUUUCAAGCCUUCUAAAAGAGCAUUUCUAGAGAUUUGAUUUUGGAAAUAUUUAUUUAUCGGCUCUAUAGAUUGGAAAACAUGAGAAAUAAGUAAGUUGUCAAUAUUCAAGUUUCUGAAUAACUUCUUAUCUGCCCCCCAAAAAAAACCAAAAGGGUCAAAAGUACCACAUAAUCUUUUUCAUAUAUAUAUAUAUAUAUAUAUAUAUAUAAAUAUAUAUAUAUAUAUACCAUGAUUUCAUUGUUGAAUUUCCGUUUCCCAGUUCCAAAAAAUGGGAAAACGUCACAGUAUCAUGAGUAUAAAAUAUAUUCGGGAACGAUAAUCCUCCAUCUGCUAAUCUUGUCGACAUAACUUUUUAAAUGCAAUCCAUGGUUUCUUACUGCACAAAACAUAUGAUAUAAAUAAGCAAUGGAAUAAAUGUAGUGUCUUCUUAGGAACUGUAAGGGGAAUUGUGCGAAAAAGAUAUUCCAAUUUUUGAAGUAAAUAUGCUCUAAUAGUAUUUAUUCUUCCCAGCCAUGAUAUUUGUAGUUUGGACCAUUUUGAGAUAGUAUUUCUAAAUUCUUUAAGAAGUGCAUUAUAGUUGUCAGUGAUCCACACAUCAAUAUUAAAAAUAAUAAUUGUUCCCAAGUAACAAAUGGAAUUAGAAGACCAGUUAAAUUUAUGGUCAUUGUUCAGAUUUUCUACUUGAGGGUAUGAGAGAUUACAAUGUAGAACUUGCGUUUUUUUUUCAUAUUGAUUAUAUAAUUGGAAAAUCUACUAUAUUCUUCUAUUCAUUGUAGUGUGGCUGGUAUAGAGACCUCUGGAUAUGUUAGUGUCAUAAUUAUAUUGUCUGUGAACAUAGUUAUUUUUUGUUUUUGGUCGCCUAAAGGCACCCCAGUUAUAUUAUGAGUUUGUCUGAUAUAUGCAGCUAGUGGCUCGAUAGAGAGAAUAUAAAGGAGGGGUGCCAAUUUUUAGCCUUAAAUUUGAACUUUAUUUUGAAUGCCUGACGAUUCACUCUAGUGAAUAACCCUGAUAUUGUGCAGUAUGACCUAAUUGGCAUAUCAUGAGAUUCUAAUCCACAGUUUUUCUUACAUUAUUGUUCUCAUGUUCUGUCCAAUUAUUCUAGUAUUUUCAUGCUACAUGUACAAUAGACACUGGCUGGGGCGCAUUGUUACUGGGUUUGUUAAACGUUUGUUUUAUGUAACAAGAAAACUUUUGUUUUACAGGACAGGGUGGAUUCUCUUACCUGAAGGAAUGGCUUUGGUGGGCUGGACUCAUUUCAAGUAAGUUUAUAACAGAUCGUUUGCCGUAAUUGAGUUUCAUUACGGAAUUUUUAUUGCUGUUGUUACAGAGGUGGCAACUAUUUAAAGUAUUCUGGUAUGCUAUAUGCUGAGUGUCAUUAAUAAUGGCCAUUGUUCAUUGUAAAAGUUAAGUCACCAAAGAUUGUCUGUUAAAUGCCAAUCUACCCCCAUGUUCUAAGGAAAUAACAAGUAGCAUUCUUUCCUUUUCGUCUCAUUAAUCAUGUUCAUGCCCUGUAUCGUGAGCUGUGACAAAUGAAAUAUUCUAAAAUAAUCAUAAAUAAUGUAUCUGUGUGACAUUUAUAGCAGUCUUAAACUGUUAUUUCUCAAGAUUUUUAAUGUUAUGGUCACUUGUUAGCAAUACUUAGCAUAUGUGGUUGUAAAGUAUAAAUAAUGUAAUUAAAUGUUAAAAAUUCACACCAUUCUACGCUGGAUCUGGGUAACUGUCAUGGUCCUGCUUGGCAGGUAUAUGCUAAGCAACAUAACCACUUUAAAGUGUUGUAGUAGUUAUGGUGUCAAGUGUUUCUGGGCACCAUCCCAUGAUAAGCUGUGGAACCAGUUACGAAUGGUGUGUCAUUUAGCUGGCUCUGUCGGGCCCCUAUAGCACUUGUGAUCUGAACUGUUAUGUUAAAGUAGAAGUUUAUACCUUUGAAUUAGUCUGCCAACAAAGGUGAACUCAUUUCUAGACAUGUGCAAUUCGUUUCGGUCUGAAUUUAAAUUCGGACGAAUUUCAGCAAUUCGGACAUUCGGAUGCUUCCGAAUGUCCGAAUUGCCAAAGUGCUGAAUUUCCGAAUUUCGGAAGUCACGAAUUGCCGAAGUGCCAAACCGAACCGAAUUGCUGAAGUGCCAAAGUGCAUCGGAUUUCUAAAAAGUGGCAAAACUGGAGAGGGAGGUAAAAUCAAGGAAAUGAUGACACGAAUAUAACCCUAACCCUAACACUCACUAACCACUAACAAAUGAUAUUUGGGGGUCUUGGUACCAGCAGGGAUUUAAUUGAAUGCAAUCUUCCCACUUGGAGGGAUUGGGACAGCAUACAUUAUUAUGGGGACUGUAUUGAUCAUUAUAGUUACAGUACGGAUGGACAUGUCAGGGCACACCAACACUCCUUGGUUACUUAGUAACUGUAAUGAACAUGUUAGAAAUAAGUAACACUCUCCCCGUCCACACUGGACGCACCCUAGGCCUGAAUGUAGAAAGAAAAGAAGUCUUAUCAGUGCAAAUAACUCUGCAAAUCUUACUUUUGUAUGUCAAUGGGCAGGACUUUCUAUAGUGAGCUCACUUCAGAAUAAAAAUAAAUGUUAAUGUGACGUUAAUUUCAGAGAGAUGUUUUUUUAAGUUUUAUUAUUAUAUUGAUUGGGAUUGACACACCAACAGUACAUAUGUGUGUGCUAUAUGUGCACAGUGCUAUAACAAACAGGAUUUAAAGCAUGGCACCAAAAUACAGUACUCAACCAUUCCAUGCUGUGUAGAGGCCAUGAAAGCAGUGUUAAUUUUGGCAGCAAAUUUCCAUUCAGUUUUAGUCUAGUUUUAUUUGAUUAAAUCUCCAGUAGAUUUUAGUCGACACAACUAAAACCUAAUGGGUUUAGUUAAAGCUUCUACCUGUCUCUUUUGACCUUUCACCCACCCCUCUGUGUCUCUUUGUGUCCCCCAAGCCCUUCUGAAAGUCUUUCCCCAAGUCUCGGUCUGUCUCUUUUGCCCCUUCCUCAGCCCCUUUGUGCAGUGUUAAUUUUGGCGGCUAAUUUCAAUUUAGUUUUAGUCAUAGUCUUUUGACUAGAAUUCCAUUUUAGUUUUAGUCUAGUUUUAGUCGACUAAAUCUCAAAAAUAGUCGACUAAAAUUAGUCUAAAAUAGUCGACAAAAUUGGCACUACAUCAGAAAGGGCCAUGUAAUGUCAUCAGACUCCUCUACAUAUAUAUAGGAUUGCCGCAAAAUAUUGGGCUUUUUUGAGAAAUUGUAGGUGACUUACUAAUAAUAAUUUAUGCAACAAAAGCUUAAUUUAGAACAAGGACAACAAAUCGUGUUUACACAGACUGAUUUCUAAACUCACUUAUUGUAGUUUAACCCCUUAAGGACACAUGACAUGUGUGACAUGUCAUGAUUCCCUUUUAUUCCAGAGGUUUGGUCCUUAAGGGGUUAAAGACACAUUACUGGGAGUAUUAUUGCUGUUAAGCUCUAUUAUAAUAAAUUAACACAUACUGAGAAUAUUGGGAUCUUGGGCAUUUGGAUAGAAAAGAGGUGCAGAGGCAUUUGGACACAAGACAGGGAUUGUUCCUCCUAAACAGGGACACUUGGGAGGUAUGCUCUUGGUUAGCCUGUGCAACACUACUAAUUGUCUUCUCCCCAAGCCUGCUCUGAGUCAGUGUGUGCAAGUGUCAGAAUGGGAACCUUUGAAAGCAUAUAAACAACAUUCCAUCAUUUUAAAUAAUGAGUACAUUUGCUUGUUGGUUAUAGAAACCUAAACCUCAAUGUUGUUGAUUCUUUGCCGUAUGCUGCCAUUUUAUCUGUCUGUGUGACUUAGGUCAUAUCAGCUGUGUGAUCACCUUGCUGUAAGUAAAAUAACAAGUCCUACAGAAAGCAACAAACGCUUCCAACUAUAGGGAGACAAAUAAAAUUGCAUAAUUCAUACCAUAAAUCAAAUGCUAGUAUGCUAUAUUAAUUUACCCAGUUGCAGCCCAGAUAUUUUUUAUAACCAUCCCUUAUGUCAGCAGCGUGACCACCCCAAUUGACUCAAAUAACCGAAAUAGCUUCAUCCCCAUUGCUUACAAAUUGUACGGCAAUGCAUCGUAACAGAUGAGUAUUUUGUGAAUCCAUUCAAUCACUGAAAAAUACUCAUACUGUUGUUUUUGUUUUAUUUUAUUUUAUUUUUUUUCUUAUUCAGUUGAACUUUUAAAUUUAAAUUGUUCUUUGGAAUUUAUUUGCAAUUAUUUUAUUAUUUUUAUAGUGGCUGCAGGAGAAGGUGCAAACUUUGCUGCAUAUGCAUUUGCCCCAGCAACGUUGGUGACGCCACUUGGUGCACUGAGUGUCCUUAUAUGGUAUGUAAGACAUACAAGCCUAAAUAAUGUGCAACAAAAAAAAUUCUGAAUCAAUAAAUAUUCAAUUUUUUUUUUUUUUUUUUUGCAACUCUGCAGUUAUGUGCAACAACAGAAUAUAAUAUUUAUAACAUGAAAAAAUGCAAAACUAAAACAUAUAAUGAAAGGUUCAUGUGAUUAUGGUCCCCGUGUAGUACUGUAUUGUCAAAGUAUCACAGACUGUUCAAAUCCUGAAAUAGCCAGCCUUAUAUAAAUGAUAUUACAAUGUCCACACCAAAAUGCAUAUCUCCCAACAAGUCAAAUGGACGAAGAGGGACACUUUCAUUUUAGGGGUGUGAAUGGAUUUAUGCAGCUAAAAUGUAAUUUAGAACAUUAUCAAUGUAUCUUGUUAAAGCAGACUGAUUCCUAAACACAUUUAUUGAGUUUAAAGGAACACCAUAGGCACCCAGACCACUUUAGCUCAAUUGAAGUGGUCUGGGUGCACUGUCUCAGUCCCCUUAAUCCUGCAAUGGUAAUUAUUGCAGUUUUUCCAAAAAAGGAGGAUUUAGUGUAAACGCUCUGUACAAACACAUUGUUCAUGAUUAAUAUUUUUGCACAAGCUUUUCAAAUGGUUUAAUAUUUUUAUAUUUUAUAUAUAUUGAUGUAUUUUUUUUAUAUAUAUUAUAUGUUAUUAUUUUGAAAAAAAUUAUUUUAAACAGUUAUCCAAAAUAUGAAAUCAUUUAAAGGUUAUCUUAAAAUAUGAAGUAAGUCCAUUACCACAGCAAAGGAUCAAAACAUGUUUUAUGUCUCAACAGUGCUGUCCUGUCGUCAUAUUAUCUGAACGAGACACUGAACAUUCAUGGAAAGCUGGGCUGCUUCCUGUGCAUUCUGGGCUCUACAAUGAUGGUCAUUCAUGCACCUCAAGAAGAAGAAGUUACUUCCUUGCAUGAAAUGGAAAUUAAAUUAAGAGAUCCUGGUUAGUAAUUUUAAGAAUCUUGAGUCCUAAAUAAAUUAGUUAAUUUAAAGAAAGAUUCCAUUGGUAGAUGCAAUAAUAUGUAAUGUGUACACUGUCUUUUGAUGCUCUAUAUAUUGAUUACAGUCACAAAUUGGGUACCAUUGGUCUUUUUAUAUUCCUCUUAUCAGAAAUGAUGAAGAUGAAGUUGGUUUAAAGUUAUUUUGAAAAAUAAUUUUAAAGUUAUCCAAAAAUUUGAAAUCAUUUGAAAGCUUAUCUUAAAAUAUGAAGUAUGUCCAUUACCACAGCAAAGGAUUAAACCAUGUUUUAUGUCUCAACAGUGCUGUCCUGUCGUCAUAUUUUAUCUGAACAGUUGUCUUUUUGUUUAGCCAGUGAACACUUGAAACAAGAAUGAAUUUAUAAGUUGAUUUUUUUCCGAAUCCCUAACACAUGAAAUUCUACCUUCUCUUCCCCUUCUCUUAUUAAUGGAUUGUAUUGAUUUCUUUGCUAUCGAUUGUGACUGUUAUUGUAGUAGUGUUUUCUGUUUAUCUGUGGUGCAGAAAGCGACAAUGUUUCAUAUAAUUAUCUCUUAAAGAGAAGAUUUCGAAGAUGUCGAUGGAGGACAGUGGCAAAAUAUUAAAAAUCAUUAGUAUUUUCUAUUUUAAUUGUUAAUGGAAAGCUGUCAUCUUUUAUUAUCGCUGGCAAUAAAAGGUUAUCGCUGAAAAUGAAAGAUUGCUUGCAAUAUACAUCAUAUUGUAACAAAUAUGUAUAUGUUCAUAACUGAUUUUACACAUUUUGACAUUGUUUAAAAUCCUUGCUUUGAAAUGUUACUUUUGUUUUGCCAUUGUCAGAUAGCUCUCAACCUGCUCUGUCACUGGUCCAUACUUGUUUAGACUGACUAAGUCAGGCUUCUUUUCAAAUAGUGUUGAGUGCGGUGAGGUUUCCAUUGUGCAGCUUUCCACUUAAAUAGUGAAAAUGUUGAAACCUUUAGAUAUAUUAGCAGGAGUUAUCAUCUGAAACGUUUCUGUAUUACUUUGCCACAUCCUUUGUUUUGACUAUAAAUGUCUUUAAAAAUGACAAGGCAGCCAUUUACAAAAUAUAAAAAUGGGUGAAGAAGCUAAUAGAUGGUACAUGGUCCCACCAAAACUAGUAAUACAACAGAAGGAAAAAAAAACGAAAAUGGUCCAUCACAAACCUCUCAAAUUAAAUGUUUAUUAGGUGCCUAUACAGAACAAGCAAUAAGGCCUUUUUUAUGGCACCUAAUAUAGGAAAAUAUAAUUUGAGAAGUUUGUGCUGGAUUAUUUUUGGUUCUAGGUAGCCAUGAGUUUAAAGGAACACUUUAGGCACCCAGACCAUUUUAGCCCAAUUGAAGUGGUCUGGGUGCACUGUCUCAGUCCCCUUAACCCUGCAAUGGUAAAAGAAGGAUUUAGUGUAAACGCUCUGUAGAAACACAUUGUUCAUGUUUAAUAUUUUUGCAUAAGCUUUUCAAAUGGUUUAAUAUUUGUUAUAUAUUGAUGUAUGUAUGUAUAUAUAUCUAUAUAUUAUUAUUUUGUAAAAAUAAUUUUAAAGUUAUCCAAAAAUUUGAAAUCAUUUGAAAGCUUAUCUUAAAAUAUGAAGUAAGUCCAUUACCACAGCAAAGGAUCAAACUAUGUUUUAUGUCUCAACAGUGCUGUCCUGUCGUCAUAUUUUAUCUGAACAGUUGUCUUUUUGUUUAGCCAGUGAACACUUGAAACAAGAAUGAAUUUAUAAGUUGAUUUUUUUCCUAAUUCCUAACACAUGAAAUUCUACCUUCUCUUCCAACAGGGUUCAUCACAUUUGCUACACUUGCAGUUGUGGCAUCCUUGGUGCUUAUAUUUAUAGUUGCCCCAAAGAAUGGACAAACCAACAUUUUGGUAUACAUCGCCAUAUGUUCUAUCAUAGGAGCAUUCUCUGUGUCAUCUGUGAAGGGAAUUGGAAUAGCAAUUACGGAAUUCAUAGAAAGGAAACCUGUCUACAAGGAUCCCCUGUUCUACAUCUUAUUGAUCAUCCUAGUGAUCUCCGUGAGCACACAGAUAAAUUAUCUCAACAAAGCACUAGAUGUCUUCAAUACAUCUAUUGUGACCCCAAUUUACUAUGUCUUCUUUACCACCAUGGUGGUUACCUGUUCUGUGAUAUUAUUUAAAGAAUGGAACAGUAUGAAUGUCAGUGAUAUCAUCGGAACACUAAGUGGAUUCCUCACCAUUAUUAUUGGUAUUUUCUUGCUACAUGCUUUUAAGAACACCAACAUUACUUGGAGCCAGAUCACGUCCAAUGUAAGGAAAGAAAAACAAAAGCUUGCUGAUGAGCAUGAAGAUCAACACAGCUUGCUCGGGAGCUCAGAAAGUUCACUAUUGGCGUUUGAAGAUGAAAGACAAGAUGAACGCUACUAAUCCAGGAUAUAGCUAAAUGCCAAGAGGUGUCCUCAUCUCUUGCCUGUUUGUGCUUUAUUUGGUUCUUGUACAGAGUAUUGGACUUCAACCAGUUAAAAUGUUUAUCAAUGUAUAUAAAUAUUGUAUAUAGUCAAUAGUUUCAUCAUAUUUUGUGGACGCACUUCGUUCUGUGUACACGUCGAGAGGUGUUGCAAUUCUGGGUAACGUUAUCAAAUAUUAUAAAUGUAUAAGGGACCCUUUGAUGAGUACAGAGCUGCCAUUGCUAGCAUAUUACAUGUACAUAUCAAUCUGGGUAGCUGACCAGACAAUUUUGUUAAUACUGCAACAAUUGAUCUGUCCUAACGUGUGACCGAUGUUUGUUGUGCAUAGACAAAAGAGCAAUGAAAAUAUUUAUUAUUUUUGAGAAAAUCUGCACAGCUAUGUAUGUCUUUUUUACUUUAAUAAUCAUUUUCACUGCACCUUAUUCCCAUUCUCAUUAGGUAACCUAUUCAUUAUAUAAGUUAGCUUUAUUGAGGACGUCAUAUAGGCUACCAGAUCUUGCAUUGCUUUCUAGAGAUUUUCAUGGGUUCUUUAAACCACAGAGUUGGAUUCAUAUAUUUGUUGCUUUGUGGUUACAAUAUUUAUAGAUUAUUUUUAUAGUUCUACCAUAUUGGUAGUGGUCAAAUGAAACACCAGCUGCAAAUGUACAAUGAGUCUGGCAGUGCACGCUAUUUGGGAUUUAUAGAGAUCUAAUCCAUAUUUAUAUCUUAAUGUAUAUGAUAAGGCGCCAUUAUCAGUAUUGUGAUUGCAGAGCUUAAUCAAAUACUCUUAAUAUUAAGCUCCAAAGACAAAAGCAAUCCAACAAUGAUUGAAAAACAUGCAUCUUGUACAAGUGCUAAAACCUGUUUCAGACCUGAAUCACCGCUGCCGUUUUUACCCAAAAAAGUAUAAAAAUUGUACCUAGAGACCCAUGCACAGAUCUCUUUCCUGCACAGAUCGACUUUCAGUGGUGUCACAGACAGCAGGGCCUAGCACGUGAUGUCAUGCGCCUGCUGUCCAGGCCUGUGAAAGUAGAGUUUGACCUAAUGUAGGAGAGAGAUCUGUCCUUUCUAGUGCAAAGCUCUACUGCAGCUCCACUAAGCAAGAGAUAUCCCAAUUUACUCCUCAGGACCACAAAGUUGAGCACUGGUAGUUGUUUGUGUGCAAUUUUAUAGUUUUUUUGCAUUGGCUAAUUAUGGCUUCAGCAUUAUAAAUACAUAUAUUUAUAGGGCUGUUGUGUUGUGAACUAUUUCAGAUUACUGAGCCCACCCUCUCCCUAACUUUACUGUAAAAUAAAUCUGUUACUUACAUGGACAUAAUUACUAGUGAUGAUUUCCCAGCCAAUCCAUUGAAUUGGUAGACGGGGAACAUGAAAGGCAAUAGGUUCAAACCUCUACCAAUGCUUCUCAUAGAGAAGCAUUGAAUACAAAGCUACUUUUUGAGAAGUCUCACAUUGCUUUGAGCGCUCAAAACAAUAAGGUAGAGAACCCUUCCAGCUGUCCAAGAGGAAGGAGGAUGUACUGAUUUUUCUUGAAAUAACCACUAUUAUGAAGUAAUAGUUAACCCCUAAAGCACUUCAGUGAACCAACCUUUAGUUUUAGGUAUUUAGAGUGGUCCAUUAAACCUCUGGCAGCAAUACAUAUAUGCAGUAUAUAUGGCACUUUAUAAAUAGUUGUAAUAUAUAUAUAUAUAUAUAUAUAUAUAUAUAUAUAUAUAUAUAUAUAUGUAUAUAUGUGUGUGUAUAUAUAUAUAUAUAUAUUACACCAGUUAUUUAUAUGGCACCAACAGAUUCCAUAUAUAUAUAUAUAUAUAUAUACAGUAUAUCUCAUACAUAUCAUAUCACAGCAAUGCAUUUUUUUUCAUCUCGUAAAACUCUUUUCUGUGAAUUGUUUUGUGUAGCUGAAAUAUUUAUUAAUUGAUCCUUUAUAUUGAGUAAUAUGCACCUCUCUCAUGAUUACUCAGGAAACUCUAAAUCCGUACUUUUAUUUGUGUCAUUGGAUGAGAAACCAGGUUUGUGGCAUUUUCUGAUGAGUAGUGGCAUUUUCCAUGUGUGGAAUAUAUGUACUGUGCACUUUACCUAUUAACACGAUUCACUCUAAGGGGAAGCCUUGUUACACAGGUGAAUACUAUCCAGCUUGGAAAUGUUGUCCUUUUGACUAAUUAACAUAAUGUUCUGGAACUGCAGAAGGGCAAAAGGUGUGAGUGUACAGAUUGUGGAUUUAACAAAAUUGAAGGUUAUUGUCAUGUCCUCCACAUUCUGAAUUUGUUCACUAAAGUUUCUUCUAACAGCAUAACUAUUUAAUGACACACCCCAGGGCUAACACAGACAUGCUUCAAAAGCUACGUUUAGAUAUUAGCAGAUAUGACGUAAAGGACCCAACCCUUAGUUUCUAGGUAAAGUCUGACACACUCAUUCUCACCUUCUGUCAUUUUUUUGCCACCACUUACCUUUUUCAUGUUUUGUUUUUGUUUUUUGAAUCCCUGUUGACUUUAGAGGAGGUGGGUAAAAUUAACAAAACCAGGGUAAGCUGUGCAUUUUGCUCCAUGACCAGCAAAUCAGGGUUUCCAUGAAUGUAAUUUGAGUUUAAAUUACCGAGAUCCAAGGUGGCAAAGAAUCCCUGGGAUGUUAAUCGACUGUGUAUUUUACUUAAUCAUGUUAUAACAUGUUAUAUGUGUAUCAUACAAAGCAUGCACAUCACACUCAUCAACUCCUACACAUUCAGCUAAAUGCACUUUUCUCAUACAUAUCACACUCAAAAUACAGAGGAGCUCCGUGAUACGCUAAUUUACUCUGCAAAUCUCUGAGUUUUAUUGGUGUGGAGCUUUGUGAUAAACACUUUACUUUUCUCAUACUUAAUGUAAUGGGAUUUUUUUUUUACUUUUGUCUCGCAUACCCCAUAGGAACAAGUUUGAAAAGGGUGUUUGAUUUACAACUAGCAUUAAUAAAACAAAAAAAACAACAACACAUUACUAAGAGGCUGGGGUGACACCAUUAGUUACCGCACCGGGUGACAACAACCUUAGUGACGUAAUUGCUUUGCCUCCAAUUCAUUUUAUCAUGUCUAAAUAUCUACCUCAGAGACACUUAGCCCAUUGGUGUAUUUGAAAUUUUUAUUUCUGUCUGACACAUUUUUGUUACUUUUUUAUUUAUAAAAUUUGGCAGGAAUUUUGUGAAUAAAAACAAAUCAUGACUCUUCUAACAUUUUUUAUAUAUUAAAAAUAAUGUAUGCGCAACUUAUUGUUAUUAAUGGAUUGUAUUGAUUUCUUUGCUAUUAAUUGUGACCGUUAUUGUAGUAGAUUUUUUUAUAUAUAUAGGUUCAUUGUUUGGACAAAACACUAAGAAAUUGACACAGACUUUUACUUUGUUUUCUGUAGAUAGUAGUUUGUCUGUGGUACAGAUAGCGACAAUGUUUCAUAUAAUUAUCUCUUAGAGAGCAGAUUUGGAAGAUGUCGAUGGAGGACAGUGGCAAAAUAUGAAAAAUGAUUAGUAUUGUCUAUUUUAAUUGUUAAUGGAAAGCUGUCAUCUUUUAUUAUCGCUGGCAAUAAAAGGUUAUCGCUGAAAAUGAAAGAUUGCUUGCAAUAUACAUCAUAUUUAAACAAAUAUGUAUACGUUCAUAACUGAUUUUACACAUUUUUACAUUGUUUAAAAUCAUUGCUUUGAAAUUCAACUUUUGUUUUGCCAUUGUCAGAUAGCUCUCAACCUGCUCUGUCACUGGUCCAUACUUGUUUAGACUGACCAAGGCAGGCUAUUAUGAAUCACAAGUGGAAAAAAGCUCUAUGACGAUGUUCCCUUAAAAUAGAUCACCUGAAGUUGUUUUGGGAGGACAGGAUAGGUUAGUAAUAAAGGACACUGAAAUAUAUUUAGAACAUCGGCCACCACUACCUUGAUCCAAUGAUGUGUUUGUAAAUUAUUUUCUUAGUAGAAUGCUUUUUCAUUUUUAAUUUAGAAAAUAUUCCAGUGCCAAAACAGGAAACCGUUUACACCAUAGAUUUCUUUAAAUUGUGUAUUAUUGUACAGUUUUUUUUUUUACAUUUAUUUUUGUAUUUCCUUUGAUGAGAACAAAGUAUCCCUGCAACCAGCAAUGCCAGUCUUGCAUUGAUUAAUGAAGAUCUUCUGGGAAUAUGCAAUGUUUUAUAUACAAAGAGUCCAUAGUAAAUAAUCAGACUGUGAAAUGGUAAUUUGCUGCUAUCAUUGCAUUUUUGUAAAAUUAUUCAUAGCAGUGCCUUCUAUCAUUUAAAAAUAUAUAAGAAACAAAUGUGCUGAUAUAAUUUUACUAUGCAAGUACAAUAAACAUUAUUUGGAUAAAACCUG